AUGCCUCUUCAGCUUCCCGCCCCGAAGACUCCCCUGCAUCUCUACCGACACCUUCUCCGCGAAGCUUCAUACCUUCCUCCCGUGAUCCGGCCAUGUUUUACCGAGCGGAUUAUCUUCGUGUUCCGACGACACCGGAACGAUUCAGAACCGAUGGCUCGAAUUCGCAAAGGCACACAGAAGCUUCGUACCCUGCGAGCUGCAGUCGCUGGAGACCGUGACAGCCUGGAAAAGGUCAUCCAAAUUGGGUUUGGUCGCAUCGGCUUCCGUCGUCGACAGCUUCUGUCAGACUUUUUACAUCGGGAGCCGCCCCAGGAUAGCACUGCCCUGCAAGAGUUUCUGGACUGGAAGUUGGGCAUCGGGCCCGCUCCUAAGCACCUUAUGAAGUUUCGUGCUCGAGAGGGCCAGGAUGAUCUGACGUACGACUGGCUGGAUGGCUGGGAUACCGACAAGCUCACUGUUUUGUUGAAAGCCCAGGCGGACGUCGCUAAUCCGCCAAAAACCGUCGAGAUCAGGACUAAACGGUUUGAACCAUACUCCAGGGUACCCGAGCUGAACGGCUAUGGCCUCCCCUUUCCUCCGAAACCAGCUCGCACAAAAGUCAAAAAUUUCUGGAAGGUCUAUGCAGAGAAAGCACUCCCGCCCGUUCCAAAAGAGGAGUGGAAUAUACUGCGAGAUCUCGCCCAUGGAAAGGAUAUGGCGCGCGGGCAAGUGCUACCAAGGAGACCAGUGGCUGGCCUUGGUCAGGACAUUGAUCUAGAACUUGCAAAGCAGUCAUGGGACAUGGAGAACUACCUCUUGCAGCCGGCCCGCUGGGUCGAUCGCAAGUCAUCUCAUAAGAGGGUAUUGUUCACUGGCAUACCACAGCCCAAUGACGAGCUGGGACAUGCACCAGAGGGAUUAUCCUCUCAGUUGACUCCUCGGAACAUGCGCCGCAUCUACGGGGCAGUUUGGCGCCUGACCCCUUUUAUAGAAAAGCAGGAUGGUUCAGCUUCUGGUUGGAAGGUGACGUUUGGCCAGCCACGUACUAUUAAGAACAACAACGCAUCACAAACUUGGCAUCAAGUGUUCCAAGGUGUGAAUCAGGAUGGUGUCCCUAUAACGGAAACAGCGGCGACAUGA